AUGGAGUAAUAGAAUAACUGUUAAAACAUUCUAUAAGAUUUAAUGAAAUCUAACUUGGAAACUCUAACUCAUAUUGACUUACAGUUAAAAAAUUGUACUCUCAGUAAUGAACAAGUUGCUUAACUUAACAAUUCUUUAGUAAAAUGUGAAAAAUUAGAAUCUUUAGUAUUAAAUCUUAAUAAGGAAAAUAUUUCAGAUGAUAGGAUAAAUUAAUUAUUUGCUAAAUUUUUCUUUUUAAAGUAAUUUGUUGAAACUGGUAAUAAUAUGAGCAAUGAUUAAAUAUAUUCCCAAUCUUUGAUUAUCCUAAAAAAUAUUCUCAUAGAUCAAGGUUAUCAAGAACUUAGAUUAAAUGAUAUUGAACCUUAAGGAAAUAUUCUAUUAGAAGAAACUAUGAGCAAUCUAAUUAAUCUUAACAGUUUAUAGUUAAACUUAGAUGGAAAUUAAUUAGGAGAAGAAGGAGCAGUUUGGAUUUGCAAAGUAUUAAAUAGAUGCAAAACACUUAACAACUUAAAUCUGCAGCUUUGGAAAAAUAAAAUAGGUGACAGAGGGAUAUCGAGUAUUGCAGAAGGUAUUAGUAGUUGUGCUAAACUCACAAAUUUAACUUUAAAUGCAGAUUCAAACUUAUUUGGAAAAGAAGGUGCAUAUUCUAUAAGUACGACAUUAAGUAAUUGUAAAAUGUUGACUCAUCUAGAUAUUAACCUCUCUAACAAUUAAAUUGGAGAAGAAGGGGCAUCAGCUAUUUGUAUUGUACUAGGUGGCUGUUAAUUACUUAAGAAUUUAAAAUUUUCACUAUGUAAUAAUUAAAUUGGUGAUAAAGGAGCAUAUUGUUUUGGAACAGCAUUAAGUAACUUACAGUUACUUACUAAUUUAAAAUUUUAUCUUAGGGGAAAUUAAAUUGGAGAUGAUGGUGCAUAAAAUAUUUUAUUAGGAUUAAGAAAAUGCACUCAACUUACUAAUUUAAUAUUUGAUAUAAGCUUCAAUUAAAUUGGGGAUGAUGGAGUUUCUACUUUUGAUACAAAACUUGGUAACUUCAAAUUCCUUACUAGUCUCAAAUUCUACAUUUGGCAAAAUAAAAUCGGUGAUAAAGGAGCUUAAAAUAUUGGAUUAGGUUUGAGUAACUGCAAUCAACUUACAAAUUUAGAAUUUGACAUAAGUGACAAUUAAAUUGGGGAAGAUGGAGCUUCUACUAUUGGUACAGCACUUGGUAACUGUAAAUUCCUAACAAAUCUUAAAUUUAACAUCUUGUUCAAUAAAAUCGGUGAUAAAGGAGCUUAAAAUAUUGGAUUAGGUUUGAGUAACUGCUAUCAACUUACAAAUUUAGUAUUUUUAAUGGGUGGCAAUUAAAUUGGGGAUGAUGGAGCUUCUACUAUUGGUACAGCACUUGGGAACUGUAAAUUCCUAACAAAUCUUAAAUUUGGCAUUCGGUAAAGUUUGAGUAACUGCAAUCAACUUACAAAUUUAGAAUUUUGUAUAAGUGACAAUUAAAUUGGGGAUGAUGGAGCUUCUACUAUUGGUACAGCACUUGGUAACUGUAAAUUCCUAACAAAUCUUAAAUUUGAAAUUUCGUACAAUUAAAUCGGUGAUAAAGGAGCAUAAAAUAUUGGAUUAGGUUUAAGUAACUGCAAUCAACUUACAAAUUUAGAAUUUUGCAUAAUUGACAAUUAAAUUGGGGAAGAUGGAGCUUCUACUAUUGGUACAGCACUUGGUAACUGUAAAUUCCUAACAAAUCUUAAAUUUGACAUUUCGGGCAAUAAAAUCCGUGAUAAAGGAGCAUAAAAUAUUGGAUUAGGUUUAAGUAACUGCAAUCAACUUACAAAUUUAGAAUUUUGUAUAAGUGACAAUUAAAUUGGGGAAGAUGGAGCUUCUACUAUUGGUACAGCACUUGGUAACUGUCAAUUCCUAACAAAUCUUAAAUUUGACAUAAGGAACAAUAAAAUCUGUGAUAAAGGAGCACAAAAUAUUGGAUUAGGUUUGAGUAACUGCAAUCAACUUACAAAUUUAGAAUUUGACAUAGGCAAAAAUUAAAUUGGGGAUGAUGGAGCUUCUACUAUUGGUACAGCACUUGGUAACUGUAAAUUCCUAACAAAUCUUAAAUUUGACAUAAGGUACAAUAAAAUCUGUGAUAAAGGAGCAUAAAAUAUUGGAUUAGGUUUGAGUAACUGCAAUCAACUUACAAAUUUAGAAUUUGACAUAGGUUGCAAUUAAAUUGGGGAUGAUGGAGCUUCUACUAUUGGUACAGCACUUGGGAACUGUAAAUUCCUAACAAAUCUUAAAUUUGACAUAAGGGACAAUAAAAUCGGUGAUAAAGUAGCAUAAAGUAUUGUAUUAGGUUUGAGUAACUGCAAUCAACUUACAAAUUUAGAAUUUGACAUAGGCAAAAAUUAAAUUGGGGAUGAUGGAACUUCUACUAUUGGUACAGCACUUGGUAACUGUAAAUUCCUAACAAAUGUUACAUUUAACAUUUAGAAUAAUAAAAUCGGUGAUAAAGGAGCAUAAAAUAUUGGAUUAGGUUUGAGUAACUGCAAUCAACUUACAAAUUUAGAAAUUUGCAUAAGCAAAAAUUAAAUUGGGGAUGAUGGAGCUUCUACUAUUGGUACAGCACUUGGUAACUGUAAAUUCCUAACAAAUCUUAAAUUUGACAUAAGGAAGAAUAAAAUCGGUGAUAAAGGAACAUAAAGUAUUAUAUUAGGUUUGAGUAACUGCAAUCAACUUACAAAUUUAGUUUUUAGCUCAGAUAAUAAUGAGAAGUUUCUAAAAUCAAGAGAAAUUAUCAACUGUAAAAAUAUAAAGCUAUUGAAACUAUCUAUUUAUGAAUUGCCUGAAUAAAGACAAACAGAAAUCAAAAGAUUAGCUUAAAAAAUAAAAAGAUUGGUGGAAUUAUAUUUUAAUUGA